ACGUUGUCAGGAGGAGGACAAGCAAUUCGCUUCACGCCGACACAAAUUGGAGCGUUCCUUGCCUGGAAGCCACAUUUCUUGUGCAAACAUGCAGAUCUUUGUGAAGACAGUUACUGGAAAGACGAUUGUUCUCAAGGUUGAGGUCAAUGACACCAUUACAAAUUUGAAGACUAAAAUCCAGGACAAGGAAGGCGUUCCCCCACACCUGCAAAGUCUGAUGUUCGCAGGCAAGCAACUGGAAGAUGACCGUACCCUCUCUGACUAUGACAUCCAGAAAGAGUCCACCCUCCAAAAUGUUCUGGGUCUGCGAGGUGGCAUGCAGAUUUUUGUGAAGACCCUCACUGGUAAAACAGUAACUAUUGAAGCUGAGGCUAGUGAUUCUGUAGAAAAUCUAAAAGUCAAAAUCCAGAACAAGGAAAGUAUUCCUCCUUAUCAGCAGAGGCUUAUCUUUGCUGGCAAACAGCUGGAAGAUGGCCACACCCUCUCCGAUUACAACAUUCAGAAAGAGUCUACCCUCCAUCUUGUGCUGCGGCUUCGAGGUGGCGUUCAGAUCUUUGUGAAGACCCUCACUGGGAAGACCAUCACUCUUGAGGUUGAGGGCAGUGAUACCGUUGAGAAUGUCAAAGCCAAAAUCCAGGACAAAGAGGGUAUUCCCCCUGAUCAGCAGAGGCUGAUCUUUGCUGGCAAACAGUUGGAAGAUGGCCGCACCCUCUCUGACUACAACGUUCAGAAAGAGUCUACCAUCCAUCUUGUGCUGCGGCUGCGAGGUGGAAUGCAGAUCUUUGUGAAGACCCUGACUGGCAAGACCAUCACUCUUGAGGUUGAGGGCAGUGACACUGUUGAGAAUGUGAAGGCCAAGAUCCAAGACAAGGAAGGCAUUCCCCCUGAUCAGCAGAGGUUGAUCUUCGCUGGCAAACAACUGGAAGAUGGCCGCACCCUCUCUGACUACAACAUCCAGAAGGAGUCCACCCUCCACCUUGUCCUGCGUCUCAGAGGAGGCAUGCAGAUCUUUGUGAAGACCCUGACAGGCAAGACCAUCACUCUUGAGGUUGAGGGCAGUGACACUGUUGAGAAUGUGAAGGCCAAAAUCCAAGACAAGGAAGGCAUUCCCCCUGAUCAGCAGAGGUUGAUCUUCGCUGGCAAACAACUGGAAGAUGGCCGCACCCUCUCUGACUACAACAUCCAGAAGGAGUCCACCCUCCACCUUGUCCUGCGUCUCAGAGGAGGCAUGCAGAUCUUUGUGAAGACCCUGACUGGCAAGACCAUCACUCUUGAGGUUGAGGGCAGUGACACUGUUGAGAAUGUGAAGGCCAAAAUCCAAGACAAGGAAGGCAUUCCCCCUGAUCAGCAGAGGUUGAUCUUUGCUGGUAAGCAACUGGAAAAUGGCCGCACCUUAUCUGACUACAACAUUCAGAAGGAGUCUACCCUUCAUCUUGUCCUGCGUCUCAGAGGUGGGAUCCAGAUUGCUGUGAUGACCCUCAAAGGCAAGAUUAUCCCCCUUGAGGUAGAUACCAGUGACAGUGUUGAGAAUGUGAAGGCCCAAAUCCAGGACAAGGCAGGCAUUCACCCUGACCUGCAGAGGUUGAUCUUUGUUGGACAGCAGCUGGAGGAUGGCUGUACCCUCUCUCACUACAACGUCCAUAAAGAUGCUACACUACAUCUUGUCAUAUGGCUACGAGGUGGCAUGCAGAUCUUUGUGAAGACUUUGACUGGUAAAACCAUCACUCUUGAGGUUGAGUGCAGUGACACUGUUGAGAAUGUCAAAGCAAAAAUCCAGGACAAGGAAGGUAUUCCCCCUGAUCAGCAGAGGAUUAUCUUUGCUGGCAAGCAGCUGGAAGACGGGCGCAGCCUUUCUGACUACAACAUCCAGAAAGAGUCCACCCUCCAUCUAGUCCUGCGGCUUCGAGGUGGCAUGCAGAUCUUCGUGAAGACCCUCACUGGCAAGACCAUCACCCUUGAGGUCGAGAACAGUGACACAGUUGAGAAUGUCAAAGCCAAAAUCCAGGACAAGGAAGCCAUUCCCCCUGAUCAGCAGAGGUUGAUAUUUGCUGGCAAACAGUUGGAAGAUGGUCGCACCCUCUCUGACUACAACAUUCAGAAAGAGUCUACCCUCCAUCUUGUCCUGCGGCUUCGAGGUGGAAUGCAGAUAUUUGUGAAGACCCUCACUGGCAAGACCAUCACUCUUGAGGUUGAAGGCAGCGAUACUGUGGAGAAUGUCAAAGCCAAAAUCCAGGACAAAGAGGGUAUUCCCCCAGAUCAGCAGAGGCUAAUCUUUGCUGGCAAACAACUGGAAGAUGGCCGCACCCUCUCUGACUACAACAUCCAGAAGGAGUCCACCCUCCACCUUGUCCUGCGUCUCAGAGGAGGCAUGCAGAUCUUUGUGAAGACCCUGACUGGCAAGACCAUCACUCUUGAGGUUGAGGGCAGUGACACUGUUGAGAAUGUGAAGGCCAAAAUCCAAGACAAGGAAGGCAUUCCCCCUGAUCAGCAGAGGUUGAUCUUCGCUGGCAAACAACUGGAAGAUGGCCGCACCCUCUCUGACUACAACAUCCAGAAGGAGUCCACCCUCCACCUUGUCCUGCGUCUCAGAGGAGGCAUGCAGAUCUUUGUGAAGACCCUGACUGGCAAGACCAUCACUCUUGAGGUUGAGGGCAGUGACACUGUUGAGAAUGUGAAGGCCAAAAUCCAAGACAAGGAAGGCAUUCCCCCUGAUCAGCAGAGGUUGAUCUUUGCUGGUAAGCAACUGGAAAAUGGCCGCACCAUAUCUGACUACAACAUUCAGAAGGAGUCUACCCUUCAUCUUGUCCUGCGUCUCAGAGGUGGGAUCCAGAUUGCUGUGAAGACCCUCAAAGGUAUGAUUAUCCCCCUUGAGGUAGAGACCAGUGACAGUGUUGAGAAUCUGAAGGCCCAAAUCCAGGACAAGGAAGGCAUUCACCCUGACCGGCAGAGGCUGGUCUUUGCUGGCAAACAGUUGGAAAAUCGUCGCACCCUCUCUUACUACAGCGUUCAGAGAGAGUCUACCCUCCAUCUUGUCCUGUGUCUACGAGGUGGCAUGCAGAUCUUUGUGAGGACUUUGACUGGUAAAACCAUCACUCUUGAGGUUGAGUCCAGUGACACUGUUGAGAAUGUCAAAGCAAAAAUCCAGGACAAGGAAGGUAUUCCUCCUGAUCAGCAGAGGAUUAUCUUUGCUGGCAAGCAGCUGGAAGACGGUCGCAGCCUUUCGGACUACAACAUCCAGAAAGAGUCCACCUUCCAUCUAGUCCUGCGGCUUCGUGGUGGCGUGCAGAUCUUUGUGAAGACCCUCACUGGCAAGACCAUCACCCUUGAGGUCGAGAACAAUGACACAGUUAAGAAUGUCAAAGCCAAAAUCCAGGACAAGGAAGGCAUUCCCCCUGAUCAGCAGAGGUUGAUAUUUGCAGGCAAACAAUUAGAAGAUGGCCGCACUCUCUCUGACUACAACAUCCAGAAAGAGUCAACCCUCCAUCUUGUCCUGCGUCUGAGAGGUGGGUGCUAGAGCAACUCGGACUUCCAAACCUGAAACCUCUCAAAGCCAAUAUGUAUGACUUGUUAAAUGUGAUUGAAUAAAAGAUUAAAGCGAGUCCAUUAAUUUAUUGUCUUG